CCCUCUCGUGUUCCCCUGAUAACUGUAUUUGUGUUCACCUAGCAUCUGAGUUCUUUCCUUAUACCCACUCUCCUGCAGCUUUGUGGCACAUAUCCUUUGCUCUUUGCUUAUCUUGCCUCGCCUCUUUCACCGUUUCUAUCCUUUGUUACUUGUGUUCAGAGAACUGCAAAUGGUUCCAUUUUGUCUAGGAUGUAGGGAAAUGGUUGGAGAUGAGGGUGGAAAGGUGGUUUGAUGCCCGAGCUCAGAGGACUUGAGAAAUAGAUGAGAAAUGAUUAAGUAGGACAUCAUUAUGCAGGUUUCUGUGUGGGUUAUGAGGUCAUUUGAACUCGGGGUGUUAAUCUGAUUUCGUUGUGUGGCCUGGGUUAAAAUGAAGAAAGGAGGUGGCAGGGAGUCAGCAUAACAAAGGAGGCCCCUAUUUGGGGAGGUAAACCUGGUUUUUCUGAUGUUCAGUUUUCCUCAACUAUCAAGAGAGCUUGGACGGGUAAUUUUUCUCUCCUUUCCCCCAUAUCCAGAACCAUGUUUUCACAUGAAAUGGCUGCUUUGCUUGAAGUGGGGUACAGGGCCAUUCUCUGACCCCUCCUUAAUAUUCAGGGGCAGCCUCUGAGGAACUCCAGAGAAUUUUAGAGCCGUUUGAAAUACAGUUUAAAAUCACUGACUUGGAUAAUCUCAGAUUUCUAGCAGCUUUUGAGAUUCUGUGUUUCUCUCCUGCUCAGCGUGCAUCUGUCAAUUUGAUUUUCCCCACUUGUCAAAACAGUAAGUAAUACAGAUAAUGCUAUGUUCACACCAGCUUGUUUUUAAAGACUCAGAAUCUUAGGCUGAGGAAAAAGGAUUCCAGCCACACAUUUCCUCUCUUGGUCUAUGAGUCACUAGAGGAAUUCCCCAGUAAGGUAGCAUUCAUGAGAGUUGGGCUAGGCCACAGAGGACAUGAUCAAGGAGAGGGGUAGAGUCUGAGCAAGCCGGGCCAAGGGCUCAGUUGUUGGGCUUACAAGUACCUUGACUGUAUCGCCCACAGGUGAUGGAGGACGAGGAGAAGGCAGUGGAGAUCUUGGUGAGCAACACGGAAGCUGCUCAUUCUCCAUCCCCCAUCCGCUGCUGCUGGCUCCGCCUCCGCUACUUGGCAGCUACUAGCAUUAUCUGUGGCUGCUCUUGCCUGGGAGUCGUGGCCCUUGUGUUUGCCAUCAAGGCCUCCACCUCCUUCAGGAUGACGCUGGACGUGGGGCCGGAGGAUGAGUUGCCCGACUGGGCCGCCGCCAAGGAGUUUUAUCAGAAGUAUGACCCUAAGGACGUCAUUGGCAGAGGAGUGAGCUCUGUGGUCCGCCGUUGUGUUCAUCGAGCUACUGGCCAUGAGUUUGCGGUGAAGAUCAUGGAGGUGACAGCUGAGCGACUGAGUCCUGAGCAGCUGGAGGAGGUGCGAGAAGCCACGCGGCGAGAGACACACAUCCUUCGCCAGGUCGCCGGCCACCCCCACAUCAUCACUCUCAUCGAUUCCUACGAGUCUUCUAGCUUCAUGUUCCUGGUGUUUGACUUGAUGCGGAAGGGAGAGCUGUUUGACUAUCUCACAGAGAAGGUGGCCCUCUCAGAAAAGGAAACCAGGUCCAUCAUGAGGUCUCUGCUGGAAGCAGUGAGCUUUCUCCAUGCCAACAACAUUGUGCACCGAGACCUGAAGCCUGAGAAUAUUCUCCUAGAUGACAAUAUGCAGAUCCGACUUUCAGAUUUUGGGUUCUCCUGCCACUUGGAACCUGGCAAGAAGCUUCGAGAGUUGUGUGGGACCCCAGGGUAUCUAGCACCAGAGAUCCUUAAAUGCUCCAUGGACGAAACCCACCCAGGCUACGGCAAGGAGGUUGACCUGUGGGCCUGCGGGGUGAUCUUGUUCACACUCCUGGCGGGCUCGCCACCAUUCUGGCACCGGCGCCAGAUCCUGAUGUUACGCAUGAUCAUGGAGGGCCAGUACCAGUUUAGUUCACCCGAGUGGGAUGACCGUUCAGACACCGUCAAAGACCUGAUCUCGAAGCUGCUGCAAGUGGAUCCUGAGGAGCGCCUGACAGCUGAGCAAGCCCUCCAGCACCCCUUCUUUGAGCGCUGUGAAGGCAGCCAAGCCUGGAUCCUCACCCCCCGCCAGCGGUUCCGGGUGGCAGUGUGGACAGUGCUGGCUGCUGGACGAGUGGCCUUAAGCAUCCACCGUGUCCGGCCACUGACCAAGAGUGCACUGUUGAGGGACCCUUAUGCACUGCGGCCAGUGCGGCGCCUCAUCGACAGCUGUGCCUUCCGGCUGUAUGGGCACUGGGUGAAGAAGGGUGAGCAGCAGAACCGAGCAGCCCUCUUCCAGCACCAGCCCCCUGGGUCUUUUCCCGUCGUGGGCCCUGAAGAGGAGGGGGUUCCAGCUACUAUCACCGAGGACGAGGCCAUGCUGGUGCUGGGCUAGCACGUCAGCCCUGGGAGAUCCCAGAAAGCAGGACUCUCCAAGAGGAGGAUUUUUAUCAUUCCAGCCCCUCUGGGCUCUGGCCUCAGGUCCCUCUCCCUGGCCAGGCCCACCACUGAUCAUACUACCAUAUGGACCAGCCCUGUACCCUGCCCCCGUUGGCCAGGGCUUUGUGGUCAAAGCUAAAGUGGAAAGGAGCCAUUCAGAAGGCCACGCCUGGCCUUGUCAGUGCUGCCUGUGCCACGUAUGCAAUAAAAUCUGCUACCUGCCAGGUA